AUGUCUAUGAGCAUCGACGAGCUCGACGCCACUGUGCGCGCCUUCUAUGAGGGUCGAGGCGAUCAGCAAAAAGCAGCACAGGCCUCGCUCAACCAGUUCAAAGAGAACCCAGAUGCAUGGCUCAUGGUUGACCAGAUUCUCGAGAAGGCGCAAUACCCACAGACCAAGUACCUCGGGCUGCAGGUGCUGGACAAUGUGAUCAUGACGCGGUGGAAGGUUCUGCCACGAGACCAGUGCAUGGGCAUCCGAAACUUCGUGGUCAACAUCAUCAUCCAGCAGAGCAGUACCGAGGAGCUGCUGAAGAAGGAGCGCGCACUCCUCAACAAGCUGAACCUGGUCCUCGUCAGUAUUCUCAAGCAGGAGUGGCCGCACAACUGGCCCACCUUCAUCAACGAAAUCGUCACCUCGUGCCGGAGCAGCUUGCCUAUCUGCGAGAACAACAUGGCCAUCCUGCGCCUGCUCUCAGAGGAGGUCUUCGACUUUUCUGAGGAGCAAAUGACCAGCACCAAGACUCGUCAGCUCAAGCAGAGCAUGUGCGACGAGUUUACCAGCAUCUACAAUCUCUGCUCCGAGAUUCUGCGCACAGCAGACCAGACGAGCCUCAUCAAAGCCACGCUGGAGACCCUUCUCCGCUUCCUGAACUGGAUCCCACUCGGCUUCAUUUUCGAGACACAAUCUACCGGCAUGUCGCUGAUCGAACUCCUGCGCAGCCGUUUCCUUGAAGUGCCCGAAUUCAGAAAUAUCACACUCAAGUGCCUCACAGAAAUCGGCAGCUUGCAAACCGAGCACAACUGGAACGAGAAGCUCGUUCAGAUGUUUACGGAGACGCUCACGACCAUCUCCAACAUCAUUCCACUGCAGAUGGACCUGAAGUCGACAUAUGCCUCUUCAAACAGCAGAGAUCAGGAGUUCGUGCAGAAUCUCGCACUUUUCCUUUGCAACUUUUUCAGCAAUCAUCUCAGCAUCAUCGAGAAUCUACCGAAUCGCGACUACCUUAUUCACGGCCACUUUUACCUAAUCCGGAUAAGUCAAAUCGACGACCGAGAGAUCUUCAAGAUUUGCCUGGAGUACUGGACGAAGCUGGUCUGCGAGCUGUACGACGAGAUGCAGCAAAUCCCAAUCACAGAGAUGAACCCGCUCAUCAACAUGAGCGGCAUGCAGAAUGGAGGUGGCGCCAUGAACCCGCAGAUCCUGGCUAACUACCCACUGCGGAAACACAAGUACACCGACAUUCUCUCCAACCUCCGACAGGUCAUGAUUGAAAAGAUGGUCCGACCCGAGGAAGUGCUUAUCGUCGAGAACGACGAGGGCGAGAUUGUGCGAGAAUUUGUCAAGGAGUCUGACACGAUUCAACUCUACAAGACCACACGCGAAUGCUUGGUCUUCCUCACACAUCUGGACGUUGUCGACACCGAACAGAUCAUGUCCGAGAAGUUGGCGCGACAGGUCGACGGCAGCGAAUGGAGUUGGUCAAACUGCAACACGCUCUGCUGGGCUAUCGGUUCCAUCUCUGGUGCCAUGAACGAGGAGACUGAGAAGCGCUUUCUCGUCACCGUCAUUAAGGAUCUGCUUGGUCUGACCGAGAUGAAGCGUGGCAAGGACAACAAGGCCGUGGUGGCAUCGAACAUCAUGUACAUCGUUGGCCAAUACCCACGUUUCCUGAAGGCCCACUGGAAAUUCUUGAAGACAGUCGUCAAUAAGCUUUUCGAAUUCAUGCACGAAACCCACGAGGGUGUGCAGGAUAUGGCUUGCGACACUUUCAUCAAGAUUGCAAACAAGUGCAAGCGACACUUCGUCAUCCAGCAGCCUGGCGAGACCGAGCCAUUUAUCGACGAGAUUGUCAAGACCAUGCGCAAGAUUACGUGCGAUCUGUCUCCCCAACAGGUGCAUACAUUCUACGAGGCAUGCGGCUACAUGAUCAGCGCGCAAGGCCACAAGAACACCCAAGAGCGACUGAUCGGCGAGUUGAUGAGCUUGCCGAACUCUGCAUGGGACUCAAUCAUCCAAUCCGCACACCAAGAUCCGAGCAUCCUCCAGAACGCCGACACGAUCAAGGUUGUCGGAAACAUCAUGAAGACCAACGUGGCGGCAUGCAGCAGUAUUGGCAGCUACUUCUAUCCACAGAUCGGCCGGAUAUACAUGGACAUGCUGACGAUGUACCGCGCUUCAUCACAGCUGAUUGACGAGGCCGUCCAGCGAGAUGGCAACAUUGCGACCAAGAUGCCCAAGGUCCGAGGCCUGCGCACAAUCAAGAAGGAGAUUCUCAAGCUCAUCACAACAUAUGUCGAGAAGGCUGAUGACUUGGAGAUGAUCCACUCGACUCUCGUGCCGCAGUUGCUCGAGGCUAUCCUUCUAGAUUACAAGAACAACGUGCCAGACGCCCGAGAGGCGGAAGUCUUGGCAGUCAUCACCGUCCUGAUCAACAAGCUUCAGGUACGUUGGACCUCCCAAACCAGCAAGUACAUGAUUGUACGCGCGCUUGCAAUCAAGGGUAAGAUUGACGAUGCUGACCUCACGCCUCAGGGCAUGAUGACCGAACAAGUUCCUGCUAUCCUCGAUAACUGCUUCGAGUGCACCCUCGACAUGAUUAACAAGGACUUCUCCGAGUACCCAGAACAUCGCGUCGAGUUCUUCAAGCUCCUCCGAGCCAUUAACCAGCGAUGCUUCCCAGCUCUCAUGAAGCUUGAUCAGGCGCACUUCAAGCUUGUCAUUGACAGCUGCAUGUGGGCGUCCAAGCACGACAACCGUCUGGUUGAGGGCGAGGGCUUGAACAUGUGCAUUGAGCUUAUUGAGAACAUGGCGAGUCACACCGAGCAGUCUACAUGUGAUGCGUUCUUCCAGAGCUUCUACACAACCAUCCUGCAAGAUGUGCUCUUUGUGCUUACGGACUCGGACCACAAGGCCGGCUUCAAAUAUCAGUGCUUGUUGCUGGCGCGUCUCUUCUGGCUUGUUGGCGCGAACAAGAUCUCGCAGCCCAUUUAUACUGAAGACCAAGCCGCGGCCGGCACCUCGAACAAGGACUUCCUGCAGCAGUUCGUUGCCAGCCUGCUUGCAAACGCCUUCCCGAAUCUCCAACCCGCACAAAUCACCACCUUCAUUACCGAUCUCUUCGCCUCGACCGAGACUUUCCCAAAUUCAAGACCCUCCUUCGCGACUUCCUGAUCUCGCUGAAGGAAUUUGCUGGCGAAAACGCAGAGCUCUUCAAGAAGACAGGAGAAGGCUGCACAAGAAGCCAAGGAUCGAGAGCGGGAGCGUAUGGCCAAGGUUGGAGGUUUCUCAAGCCAAGCGAGCUGAAGACGAGGAGCUUGACUUGAGCAAGAAGUGACCUCAGCCGCGGGAGAGGAGACGUGCGAGAAGAAAUCGAUGAUGUGUUUGGAGUAUACGGCAGCGGAUGAGAAGAAGAUGAGCAUAUGCAGAGUCACCACUCGAGGCCGCAGCGCGCAGGCACGAGAUCUACUGGACGACCUUUUUUGCAUUGACGGCCGCAUACGGGUUUGGUGUCAGCGCCAUCGCCAACUUUGGGGCGAAUGGGCGUACAGAGGCGCUUGGCAAUGACCAAUGACGAAACCGAUUACCAUACCAUACGCUUGUGUGAACAGAUGGGUAUUGCGAAAAUGCUUUUUGGGGAGUGCUCCUGAUAGGCCGUAGAACGAGCAGAUAUUAGAGAUACCAAGGAGCGCUUCUUUGAGUCGAGUAUGAAGGUAGAAAAGCAAAAAGCGUUGCCGACCGAG